AUGGAAGAUGAGACAGAAGAUAAUGCAGAAGUAGCUGAUGAUGAGACUGAAUUAUUAAAUGAGACAGAAGAUAAUGUAGAAGUAGCUGAUGAUGAGACUGAAUUAUUAAAUGAGACAGAAGGUAAUGCAGAAGUAGCUGAUGAUGAGACUGAAUUAUUAAAUGAUCCGAUAGAAGAGAUAAAAAAUGAUACGUUAGAAGGUCAACGGAAAGCAAUGUUGAUUCAAGUGACUAAUGCUGAAAACGAUGGCUAUUACGAACAAUAUACCAUCUAUCCCUUAUAUGAAAAGAAAGCAAAUAAAACUGCGACAGCUUUAUAUCAAAUGUUAAAAAUUCAGGACUUGCCUCUGAACAAUCGUGAGCAACAUUUAGAUUUAAUGUGUUUUCCAGAUUUAUAUUCUUCUGGUAUUAAUGGACAACCUGCAGAAUACCCAGACGCAAUGUCGAAAGAAUUGUUGGAAUCUAAUUUGAGUACAAUAUUUGCCACACUUCGAAAUACGGAGCAAUAUUGGUGUAAACCGAGAAACGAUUUAAAUUGUAUGACGCAGCAUUAUGGACCUGCGACAUGGUUUUUAACACUCAGUCCAAGUGAGUGGUUGUGGGAAGAUUUAAGUGAAUAUAUUCGUGAAGUAAAUGAAUGGCAUGACGCUUCCUUAAGCGUUAGCGCACUCGUUGUUAGAGAUCCAGUAUCAACAUCCAGAUUUCUCGAUAAUAAGUUUCGGGCAAUGCUUGACUUCAUUAGGUCUAAAGAUCAUCCAAUUGGAGAAGUAACGCACUAUUUCUGGCGACGAGAAUAUCAAGGUAGAGGUAUACAACAUUUUCACUUAUUAAUUUGGAUUAAAAAUGCACCAAUUUUCGGUGAAUCUACUAUUGAGGAAGUUUCAAAAUUUAUUUCACAACAUAUAAGCUGCACAAUACCGGAUAAAAAUAUUUCGCCAUUGUUGUACAGACGUGUUGAUACGCAUCAGCGACAUACACAUAAUGAUUAUUGUCUUCGUUCUAAAAAAGUAGGACGUAAAGUUAUUCGUCGAUGUCGUUUUGGAUUUCCUCGUCCCGUUACUGAAACUUUGAAUAUCAGGGAUGUGGCAACUUCGAUAGCCGGUAGAAAACAAUUGAAACAUAAAAGUAGACUUUACGAUCUUCCUCGAACAGAUAAUGAAGGUAAUAUAAAUGACUAUAAUCCUGUUCUUCUUACUGCAUGGGAAGGUAAUAUGGAUAUACAAUUUAUUGGUGAAAAAUCAUCGCUGCUAACCUGGUAUGUUACUAAAUAUAUGAAUAAAGCGGGAAAAAGUGAAUUAUCUGAGAAUAUUCUUGAUAGUAAGGAUAACAAAAACAAAUCAUUAGCGAGUCAUCUUUGGAAUAUUGCUUUGCGAUUUACGAAUAAUAGAGAAUGUGGAGCUCUCGAAGCUGCUGAUACAUUGUUAGGUAUUCCUUUGUAUGGAACUGAUCGAGAUACAACCAUCAGAUGGUUAGAUGUUAAUCAAAUACGAUAUAGAAAAUUAAAAAGUCGUAAAGAAAUUGAAGCUCUUGAUCCUGAAUCUACAGAUAUAUUUUAUCAAUCUUUGACAGAUGAUCAUUAUCCACAUAGACCAAACGAAUUAGAAAAUACGUCUCUUUAUGAAUUUGCACAGUGGUACGAUAUCUCAAAGAUCAAACCGAAAAAUAAGUUUAUUGAAUAUUAUAAAAUAGAUAAUGGUUGUUAUCUUAAACGGCGACAGCGCGGAUAUCUUAUUAAUCAUUUUAGAUAUAAUGUUAAUACACAGCCGGAAAAUUAUUUCUUUGCGUUAUUGCUUAUGUUUAAACCAUGGCGAAAAUUAGAGGAUCUUAAAAAUGAAUGCGAUACUUAUACCGAAUCGUUUCACAAAGUAAAACUGCAUCUUGUAGAAGCAUUGCAAUAUCAUGAAAGAUUAGAAGAAUUGCAAAAAGCAUUUGAAACUGCAAAACAGUUAGUUCAGCAAUGCUUAGAUGACGAUUUGCAAAAAGAGCAGUCUCAGGAUGAUCCUGAAAAUGCAAUAGGUAUUCAAAAUAUAGAGGCUGGUGAAGCAAUGCAAGAUUUUAAAGAUCUUGGUGAUAGAGCAAUUCAAGAAAUUGAUGUAUCUGACAUGAUAGUAAAAUUAAAUACGGAUCAAAAACGAGUAUUUGAUAAAGUUACCAAUGUUGUAGAGUCCGAUAAAUCAAUAUUACGAUUAUAUGUUAGCGGAGAAGGUGGUACUGGAAAAAGUUUCUUAAUCAAGACUAUUAAAUGCUGGAUAAAACAAAAUCUCAACAAAGAUACUGCUGUAACAGCACCUACUGGUAUAGCAGCAUUUAAUAUAGAUGGUUUGACAGUUCAUAGAUUGCUUCAAUUACCCGUUGAACAUGGUCAAACUCCUAAGUAUAAACAAUUAUCUGAUUGUGUAUUAAAAGUUUUACGAACAGAUCUUAAAGAUGUUAUUCUUUUCGUAAUUGAUGAAGUGUCAAUGAUAUCUAAUUUGACUUUAAUAUAUAUUCAUCUUCGAUUGUCUGAGAUAUUUGAUACUAGUGAUUGCGAUGAUGGUUGGUUUGGUCGAAAGCAUAUUCUUUUAUUCGGAGACUUGCUUCAAUUGCCUCCUGUACGCGAAGAUCUUAUCUUUACACAUUUAUCCGAUCAAAAAAUUGCUAAUUAUCUUGGUUCUUUAAAUGCUGUUAAUUUAUGGAUUACAUUAUUUGAAUAUGAUGAAUUGAUAAUCAAUAUGCGUCAGCAAGGAGAUAAUUCAUACCGUGAAUUAUUGUCGCGAAUUCGUAUUGGUUUAGUGACAAAAUCUGAUUGUAAAAUUCUAGAGAGUAGAAAAAUAUCUUUCAAAGCUGAUUCUUUCGAAUCUAGAUUAAAUGAAUUAUGUGAUUUUAUUAACAGUUUAUCAUCGGACACUGUUUGUUUAUUUCCUACUUGUAAUAUGUGUGAUGUCCUUAAUAAUGCAAUGUUAAGUCGCAUUACUUCCAAAGAAAUAUUAUUAAUUGCUGAAGAUACGAUUGAUUGUACAUCAUAUGUAAAAAAGAAAGUAUUAAAAGUAUUGUCAAAUAACGAUGAUGAUAGUUCUCGAACAGCUGGACUUUCAAAACAAAUUACAAUUAAAAUUGGAGCAAAAGUUAUGAUUCGGCGUAACAUCGAUGCCAGUUUGGGUCUUGUAAACGGUACAAUUGCUAAAGUAAUUUCAAUUGUACGAGAAACAUCUACUGAUGACGUAGAAAAGAUUAAACUUCUUUUACCAUCAGGUUUAGAAUAUGAAAUUGAAAGAGUAACGGCUAAAUUUCAGGUAUUGGAUAGAGCGUAUGUGAUUCGAAAACAAUUUCCAUUAUCUUUAAGUUAUGGCAUCACUAUUCAUAAAAGCCAAGGAUUAAGUUUGCAAAGUGUUGUUAUGGAUAUUGGCAACUCUGUAUUUAGUUGUGGUCAAAUUUAUGUUGCCUUGUCGCGAGUAACAUCUCUAGAAGGAGUGCAUUUAAUUAACUUUGAUCCUUCAGCAGUAAUAGCUAACGAAAAAGCUAUUAUUGAAUAUAAUCGUUUAAAACAGAUAUACAAUCCGAAAGCAGAAAUGAUUGCUGUGUCAAAAGAACGUUGUCGUAAAGUAAAAGAUGUUCCAUGGGCGUUACCAAAAAUAGUUACUUCUGUUCAAAAAUCAAAUUCAGAUCGAAAAAUUCAACAUACGGUUUCAAAGAAAAGAAUUCAAAGCACUGCUUGGAUCAUACGUGGUUUUCAGAAUACAGACAAGAUUUCAUGUUAUGCAAAUACAGUAUUGCAAUGUUUAUUACAUUUAAAUAUUAUUAGGCAGCAGUUGAUUAAUUGCGACAAAACAGACGUUUUACGUAUAUUAAUGCAUCGAUAUGAAAAUGGAAUGCGAAAUCUAAAUACAUAUGCAAUACGGCAAUGUUUAGGAGAAUAUUUUUCGAGUAUGAUAAGACAAAACGCGUACGAUUUUCUUACGGCACUUUGCGAAAAAUAUGAUUGCAUUACAAAUUUGAUACAACAUCAACACAAGAUGGUAAAUUAA